AUGGGAGGAAAUAUGACAUUUAUUACAGAGUUUACACUAUUGGGAUUUCCCCUUGACCCAAAAGUUCAAGUGUUUCUCUUUGGAAUAUUCUCAUUGUGCUAUGCCUUCACCCUGCUGGGAAAUGGGGUCAUCCUGGGACUUAUAUCUCUGGACUCUAGACUACACACCCCCAUGUACUUCUUUCUUUCCCAUCUGGCCAUUGUUGACAUAGCCUAUGCCUGCAACACCGUACCCCAGAUGCUGGUAAACCUCCUGGAUCCAACCAAGCCCAUCUCUUUUGUUGGCUGCCUGGCACAAACUUUUCUCUUUCUAACAUUUGCUAUCACAGAAUGUCUUCUCCUGGUAGCGAUGUCCUAUGAUCGGUAUGUGGCCAUCUGUCACCCUCUCCGAUAUUCUGUCAUCAUGAGCUGGAGAGUCUGUAAUUUCCUGGCCUUGGCCUCCUGGACCUUUGGAAUGCUUUUAUCUUUGGUUCAUCUAGUGUUACUUCUCCCUUUACCCUUCUGUAAAUCUCAGAAAAUCAAUCACUUUUUUUGUGAAAUUAUGGCUGUUCUCAAACUUGCCUGUGCAGACACUCACAUCAAUGAGAUUAUGGUAUUGGCUGGAGCAACUUCUGUGCUUGUGGGACCCUUUUCCUUCAUUGUAAUCUCAUAUAUGUGCAUUCUCUGUGCCAUCCUUAGGAUACAAACAGGAGAAGGUCAAAGAAAAGCCUUCUCCACCUGCUCAUCCCAUCUCUGUGUUGUUGGACUCUUUUAUGGAACUGCCAUUAUUAUGUAUGUUGGGCCCAGAUAUGGGAACCCAAAAGAGCAAAAGAAAUAUCUGCUCUUGUUUCAUAGUUUAUUUAAUCCCAUGCUUAAUCCUCUAAUUUACAGUUUGAGAAACUCAGAAGUGAAGAAUGCCUUGAAGCGAGUUCUGCGGAGAGAGAGUACUUUAUGAAACUAUUAUGGCCUCAUAAUUAA